UUUCAGUAUUUUUCGUACUUAACAAUCCGAGAGAAAAGAACAUCUUUAGUAGUACUGAAAUCUUUUAGAGUUUAUUCACUAAUGAAGUUUGUUAUAAUACAUGACACUAUGCCUAUAAAAUAAACAACGACUUUUUAAAUGAGGAAUAAUGUCAAAAACUGACACUCGAUUAAUGACAUUUUUGAGACCUUCUGAUAAAAAUUUAGACGCAGCAAAGUUUUCGGAAAAUAUAAGUAGCCAGAAUGUGUUAGAUUUUGGCAAUGUAAAUGCAAUGGUAGUGAGAACAUCAAAUGACAAUAAAUACUGGAUUAUUGGCCUUUCGAAUGGGACAAUUGUUGUAUGAAUACUUUCAGUUGAUCUUAGGUCGGCUAACGCCUUUUAGCUAUUAUCCACUGAAGAUAGUGAGAAGCAGACAAAUAAUUUCUAUACUUUGAACGCAGAUGGCGAAACUCUCCCUUGUUCAGAUUUACAGCCUGUCCCAGAACCCAAUGGUCAAAUUCAAGAUAACUGUCACCUAAUUUUAGCCGUGUGUAUGUUCUUAAAAUUUUCUUUAUAAAUUUAUUUGUUGUAUUAUUGUUCCUGUAAAUCCUUUCCUCUAAUUUCUUAAAGCUAGUGUACGUUUUCAAAGAAACGUUUAUGGAAAAACCUUGUUGAUAUUUGUAGGAAAAGCUAGGGAUUGAUAGUGAACGAAUGAAUCGCGUAAAUAUACGCUGAAUGUGAUAUCUUUGCAUUGGAACACAUUAUAUUAACAAUUCUCUUUCAAGGUCACAACAUGAUAAUAUCUAAAACUUUCAAUUUUGCGAUGUUUCUGGUCAUGCACGCUUAUGGCAUUACACAGGAGCAAUGAAUUCAUCACGUCUCUUGGCAACAAUCACAGAAGAAAGGAUCAGUAACCCAUCUGAUGCUCCUGUAAGAACAAAUGCAGAAAACGUGAUGAAUCAGAUAUUAUCGUGUUCAUGUUCAUAUGAUGGUAAACGAUUUGUAACUGGUGGGGUUGAUUGUCAUUUAAGAGUUUACGACAUGAAAUCUCGUAGACGCUUGCGGAUGUGUAGUUCAAGUUUUACUAAGGAAAAAAUGGAUGGACAUGUAAUGCGUAUAUGUGCUGUGAAAUAUCAUUCACGUGGUGCUGUUUAUGAAGAUUAUGUGCAUAUAUUUAUUACCGGUGGUUGGGAUGAUACAAUACAAAUAUGGGAUGAUCGAUAUUUACAUUCUUUAUGGAUUUAUUAUGGUCCUCAUAUUUGUGGAUCAGAUGCACUGGAAAUCGAAUCAGAAUCAAAUCAUAUAUUAUCAAGUUCAUGGCGCCGUGAUAAAUCAAUUUUGCAAGUUUGGAAAUUUAAUGAAGAGCUUAUGAUUGAAUUUUAUAAUUCAGCUGAACAUCAAGGUGAUGAAUUGUCUAUACCAACUGGAAGGGAAAUCAUAAAUAAACAAACUGGAGCUUUAUACUACUGUAAACCAGUAGCUGAAAUACCUCAAGAUGCCUAUGAUGGACCAAGUAAAGGUUAUGUAGCAAAAUGGCUUGGACCGUAUUACAUAGCAUUCGGUGGGUCAGAUGCAAAUAUUCUAAAACUUAUCAGUCGUUUCACAUUGAAUGUUGUUGGAUCAGUAACGGAAUUGACAAGUGGUAUUUAUUCAUUGGCCUUUAUUGAGCCAAAGACAAAUGAUAACAAUAACAAACGUAUGGUGCAAUUUGCAUUCGCCUCUGGUACUCGUGUUUACAUAGCACAAUAUGAACAAAAAUAAAUUUGCGGAGAUUUAUUUUUUUUAACCGAAAACAUUUACUGAAUUUUAUACUCAAAAAAUGGUUAUUUUUAAUCAUCUUUUUAAAAUAACUUUUGCAUUAGCGCAUAUUUUUCCGAUUGAAAUAAUAAUAUCGUUUUUCUUCCAAUUAACAAGAUUUACGUAAAUAAAAGACUCAAAUAUUUCCUUUCAC